UUCAGGCUACGUCCCUUCUUAAACAUUCCAGUAGCUAGGCCUAGGUCCCAUCCGUACGCAGCUGCGCCGUUUUCUCUCAAAUGGCUAUAAUUUACCACAAGCCCUAACCGCGCAAGAGCCUCUCUCCUCUCCCGCGCCCUCUCAAAUGGAAAAUUAUUCUUAUUCUCCUUACCUCGACUCCGGCAACUCUUCCCCGCACUCUCGAGAAAUCGACUGCGAGAAUCAGCCAUGGGACGAGCUUCCGUCCCACUCCAAAGUCAAGUUCAUGUGCAGUUACGGCGGCAAAAUCCAGCCCAGACCACAUGAUAAGCAGCUCGCUUACAUCGGCGGUGACACCAAAAUCUUAGCCGUUGAACGGAAUAUCAAGUUCAAAGUCAUUAUGAAUAAACUUUCAGCUCUUUACGGCAAUGACAAUUUUUGCUUCAAGUAUCAGCUUCCCGGCGAAGACCUCGAUGCUUUGAUUUCUGUGACCAAUGACGAGGAUCUUGAGCACAUGAUGUUAGAGUACGAUCGCCUGGUUCGUGCUUCACAAAAACCGGCAAGGUUGAGACUCUUUUUGUUUACAUUGAAUUCCAAAAUAACGUCGGAUUUUGGUGCAAGUGAGACGAAAUCCGAGCGACAGUGGUUUGUGGACGCUUUAAAUUCGGUCCAGAUCCAGCAUCUUGAUGGCUCUUCGCCGCCAGCAGCCGCUGUAUUGGCGACAAAUCCCCAUUUUUUGUUUGGAUUAGAUAAACCGAAAAUGCCGGAAACUGUUGCGACGCAGAUAAUUUCAGAUGUAGUUGAGAAGGAAGUAACAGCAGGAGCCGAUUGUGGAUCUGAGGAUCGACACGUGAUGGAAGAUCAGAUGAUGGAGAUCCAGAGGCAAGAAUUACAUAGAUUGAAUAUUGGUGGAAUUAAUACUCAUGAACAAGCGAACCAAAAUCCC